CGAUAGCAGAUCACUGGGAGGCGACGGAGGCAAUGUUUUCAUGCCUGCUGACAAUCUGGCCAACCCACUCUACUAUGGCACCCGUAGUGUCGCAGACUGAGGAUUCAGGUCGCUUUUAAAGUCACUUGAGCAAAACUAACUUGUGUGUUUUGCUGAUCCGAUUUUUGGGGGUCAACAUUUAUCGCUGAAUCGGCCAUGACUGUAGAGCAGAAUGUCCUCCAGCAGCAUUCUCAGAAGCACCAGCAGACCCUACUAAACCAGUUACGAGAGGUCACAGGCACCACAGAUAUUCAGCUCCUUCAACAGGCCUUGCAGGUGAGCAAUGGAGAUCUGGCUGAAGCUGUGGCCUUUCUGACAGAGAAAAAUGCCAAGGUCCCUCAGCAAGAUGAGACCACCUACUACCAAACUUCUCAGGUGUCAGGUGACCGAUACAUCAGUGUGGGCAGCCAAGCAGACUCAAAUGUUAUUGACCUGACAGGAGAUGAUAAAGAUGAUCUCCAGAGAGCAAUUGCCCUCAGCUUGGCAGAGUCCAGUCGCGCCUUUAGGGAGACUGGCAUCACUGAUGAGGAGCAGGCCAUCAGCAGAGUUCUGGAGGCCAGCAUAGCAGAGAAUAAAGCAAGUCUAAAGCGCACCCACACUGAAGUAUGGAGUGAUUCGCCAAACCCACAUGACAGGAAGAGGAUAGACAACUGCCCCGUAGGCUUGAAAAAUGUCGGCAAUACCUGCUGGUUCAGUGCCGUCAUCCAGUCUCUGUUUAACCUGCUCGAGUUCCAGAGACUGGUACUCCACUACUCUCCACCGGCCAGGGUUGAUGAUCUUCCCCGAAACCAGAAGGAACACCGGAACCUUCCCUUCAUGCAAGAGCUUCGGACUCUCUUUUCCCUUAUGGUUGGAUCCAAGAGGAAAUAUGUAGAUCCGUCACGGGCAGUGGAAAUCCUCAAAGACGCCUUUAAGUCCAGUGAGUCACAGCAGCAGGAUGUGAGUGAGUUCACGCACAAGCUCCUGGACUGGCUGGAGGAUGCCUUUCAAAUGAAGGCUGAAGAAGAUGGGGAAGAAGACAAACCAAAGAACCCAAUGGUUGAACUAUUCUAUGGGCGAUUCCUUGCUGUUGGUGUCCUUGAAGGUAAACAAUUUGAGAACACAGAGAUGUUUGGCCAAUACCCGCUGCAAGUAAACGGCUUCAAGGAUCUGCAUGAGUGUCUUGAGGCAGCGAUGAUCGAAGGGGAGAUUGAAUCCCUACACUCAGCAGAAAACUCGGCCAGGUCUGGACAAGAGCACUGGUUCACAGAACUCCCUCCUGUGUUGACUUUCGAGCUGUCAAGAUUUGAGUUUAAUCAAGCACUUGGACGGCCUGAAAAGAUCCACAACAAGCUUGAGUUCCCCUCAAUGCUCUACAUGGACAGAUACAUGGACAGAAACAGAGAAAUAACCAGAAUCAAGAGGGAGGAAAUCAGAAGACUUAAAGAGCAUUUGACUUUGUUCCAGCAGAGAUUGGAAAGGUAUCUGAGCUAUGGCUCUGGCCCUAAGAGGUUUCCUCUGGCAGAUGUCCUCCAAUAUGCAAUGGAGUUUGCUUCUAGCAAACCUGUGUGUACUUCUCCUGUGGAAGAUAUUGACUCGUCAGCACCCCCUGGUGGCACAACUGGACUACAGCUCCCCUCUCAGAGCUUGCCUGAACAGGACUCUUUGGCUCCUGCAGAGAGCUCAGGCUCUGCCUCAGGCCCUGCUUCUACUGUCACUGCAGCCCAGCAGCAGAGAGCACCGAUUCAUAAGCCUUUCACCCAGUCCAGACUACCUCCUGAUCUCCCUAUGCAUCCUGCUCCACGCCACAUUACUGAAGAGGAAUUGAGGGUGCUGGAGGGAUGCCUGCAUCGAUGGAGGAGUGAAGUUGAAAAUGAUACUCGUGAUCUACAGGAGAGUAUAAAAAGAAUCCACAGAACAAUUGAGCUGAUGUACUCAGACAAAUCAAUGUUGCAGGUCCCCUACCGGCUUCAUGCAGUGCUGGUCCAUGAAGGCCAGGCCAACGCAGGGCACUACUGGGCCUACAUCUAUGAUCCACAUCAACGUUGUUGGAUGAAGUACAACGAUAUCUCUGUUACAAAAUCCUCCUGGGAGGAACUGGUUCGGGACUCGUUUGGAGGCUACCGCAACGCCAGUGCCUACUGUCUUAUGUAUAUAAAUGAAAAGAAGCCCUUUCUCAUAGAAGAGGAAUUUGAUAAAGAAACCGGACAAAUACUAAGUGGCAUGGACAAGCUUCCACCGGACCUAAAGCAGUACGUAAAGGAGGACAAUGAACUCUUUGACAAGGAGAUUGAGGAGUGGAAUGCUCUGCAGGCUCGCAAGGCCCAGCAGGAAAAGUUGGCUCUUGCUACAGCGGCAGCUGCAGCAUCCAGCACCUCAAUUUCCUCCUCCUCACCCCAGCCCAUGAGUAUUGAUUGCAGCCCUCCAGACAAUACAGCACCACAGCAAGAUCCUGAGUACAUGGAGCAGCCAUCCCCUACUAAUGACUCCAAACAUCUCCAGGAGGACACAGAAAGAGCCAUAUGUAGGGCAACUGCUGAACAGGAGGAGAGAAGCCCUGAAGCACUGCUAAAUGCUCUUGAAGUCCAGUUGGACACUCCCACUAUUCCACCUCCUGAUUUGGUCACGGAGGAUGAGUCCCCUGGCCACCACACAGUAGAGGUGGCCAUUCCUAAUGUGGGAACCUUUGUCAUUGAGUCAGAAGAAGGGGGAUAUGAUGAUGAGUUCCUGCUUCCUGGGCAGGCAAUGAUGACCCCAAACAUGCAAGGUGUAAUUAUGGCUAUUGGCAAAUCCAGCAGAGUUUAUGAAAAGAAUGGGCCCGAGGCAGCCUUUUUUAAGGCCCUCAAGCUAGAAUAUGCUCGACUUUUGAGAUUUGCCCAAGAAGACACUCCCCCGGAGAAUGACUACCGACUACAGCACGUCAUUGUCUACUUUCUCCAGAACCAAGCACCUAAGAAAAUCCUGGAGAGGACUUUGCUCACUCAGUUUGCUGACCGGAACCUGGCAUUUGAUGAGAGAUGCAAAAGCAUUAUGAAUGUGGCACGCGCAAAACUGGACCUAAUUACGCCUGAGGAGGUCAACAUGGAUGAGUAUGAGAUAUGGCAUCAGGACUACAGGAACUUCCGUGAAACAACCAUUUUCAUGAUAACUGGCCUGGAGCUCUUCCAUAAGACAAAAUAUAUGGAGGCGCUGAUAUAUCUCAUAUACUCGUACCAAUACAACAAGGAGCUUUUGUCUAAGGGGCUUUACAGAGGACAUGAUGAGGAGUUCCUUGGGCAUUACCGUAGGGAUUGUUUGCUGAAAUUAAAUGAGCAAGCAGCAGCCAUGUUUGAGUCAGGAGAAGAACCAGAGGUGACAACCGGUUUGGGGAUCAUGAACGAGUUGGUGGUACCAUGCAUCCCCUUACUGCUGGUCCAUGACACUGAGAGAGACCUACUGGCAGUGGAAGACAUGAGGAACCGUUGGUGCUCAUACCUGGGCCAGGAGAUGGAAGCCAACCUCCAAGAAAAGCUGACCGACUUCCUUCCGAAGUUAUUGGACUGCUCGACGGAGAUCAAAAGCUUCCACGACCCUCCGAAGGUGCCCGCCUACUCCACCUUGGAGCUAUGUGAAAGAUUCGGCCGCAUCAUGAACACCCUAAGCAAGGUGGUCAACCAUGGGAGAUGAGCUAUGAGGAUGAGUCAGGCACCUCUUCCCUAAUCCCAGGCUAGACCUUGGGCUUGAAUCCCAUGGACCUCUCUUAACCCAUGCCUUCCUUUAGAAAUCCAGGGCUCACUUGCUUUCUAGCUCGUAUUCCUCUGUUACUCUUUUGCUGCUAUAGGUUGUAUCAUUGCAGAUAUCGUUUCACUUAUUUUACGCAAAAACAACAGAGGAAGUGUAGGGGGAGAGGAAAAGGUGGACUGUUAUAGGAGGGAUGAUGAAAACAGAGAUGUUAGAGGAGCACAAAGGCUACCCUGCAGUUAAAAGCCAAGCACAUUCAGCUUCAGCUUUGCAAGACAAAGUCCAAACAAGUUAUGGGGUGUUCAUAGUUUACCAGUGUUGUUACUGUUUUGAUUCAAGCUUCCCCGAACCAAGAUACAAACCCUCUUUCAAAGUAUUCUUCUCUGCGUGAAAAGGUUUGUUUGCCCUGCCGCUCAGCCUGCAGUUUGGUACAGUAUUAAUAAGUUCUGUUUCAUUUUUCUAAGGAAGGAAGAGAAUCUUCCGGAAUUAUCAGCGGCUUGAAAGUUAAUUAAAAAUGGGUCUCGUGUCUUUGUGGGUUGCUCCAGAAUGAGAUGGUUUAAGUGCUGUGGUGGGCAGCCAUGGACUUUCUGUGGCUUGUUUAUAAAUCCAUAGAAUAAAAUUUUAUUUAUGGCCCUUUUUGGCCAAAUGAAUACAUGUUUUGUGAUUUUUGUUUUUUUGUGUGUGCGUUGACUAGGGUUGCACGAUAUCCAUUUUUUGAAACCGAUAUCGAUAACUUCCUGCUCCUCAAAGCCGAUACCGAUAUCGAUAACUGACAAUAAAUAUAUAAUUUUUAAAAUGUAUAUUCACCCGAGUUUUGAACACCUGGAGGUUUAAAAAAAUAAUAAUAAUAAUGGUGGAUUCAACAUACAUUUGCCUUUGACCUCACCAGAAUUUUCAUAAUGACAUGAACAUUAUUAUAAUGAACAAAAGAAAUACAAGAACAGUCUUGACUUCAAAUAAAGUGCCAAUUGUGGUGACCCUUUAUUUUGGCACAUAAUUCACCCACGGAAGUUGUGUGUACGUUUGGCCGAGCGCAUUACCGGCUACGUCACAGUCACGUGACAUAUACUUAAUAGCCGUUCGCGUUCUGGGUGAGUUGAGAGUUCAUGAGCGUUCACAGAGAGCAGCAUAGUUACAGCGGCUCGACAUAGCAAUUCGAGCUAACAACACUCUUAACAUUGCAUACCGCUUCACAAUAUUUAUUUUUUUCAAAUGAAUAUAAUUUGAGUCAAUCACAAUCAAUUAGUCAGUAUAAUUGAAGAUGUGUUUCCUGAACAAUGAGCACUGAACUAAAACAAACCCAACAGGUAUGGUGCUUUGUCAUCAGAUACAAAUAUUUGGUGCUACAGGAGACUGUUGUGGUCUUGGUCCAUGAAACAACUUUCUUAACCUGGGAGAGGUUAGGACAGCAAGCCUAUCAAUAACCAAAAGGCCUCUCAACAACUUACUAACUUAUAACUAACACUGUAAAAUGCAAACACUAUAUAGUAAGGUUUAUCACUCAUUCCUCAUAACAAAAAUAUGGUAGAACAAAAUGGAUUAAUGGCUUGCCUUAUAAUAAUCAAUAUAAACGGCAGUGAGUGAACCCAUAUUCAAUAAAGUAUGAGGUUUCUCUACAUAGUAUAAAAUCCUACCAAGCAUGCUGACAGGACUAACAUUACACGACAACUAUUAUAUGUAUGCAUAGCAUAGCACACUAGCUUGAGCUACUAGCCUUAAGCAUUGACUGGCUUCUAUAACACAACAACUUAUGAAGUUCUGCACAUAUAACCCUUCACCACCAAAGAAAACAUAUAUUGCACAUCCAUAUGUUAUAGUAAACAAAUACUUACAGACAUAUAAUUCUGAGGCGGAAACAUAAGUAACAGAAAGCAUUCACGAUUGUCAAUGCUACCGCUAGACACAGCACUGUGUAAAGUGAAUGAGUUCGUGGAACAAAUUAUAGAUGCAGCGAAUUAUUCUGACCAGCAGGUGGCAGCAAUGCCCUGCAAAUGGUCACCUGAUUUCCAGGCCAGCCAGCACAAUACAUAUUAUCGGUCCUAUUAAUAAUGUUAUUGGAUUUAUUGGGAUGACGUCAUAAUUCCUAUUAUCAGACCGAUAAUUAUCGGACCAAUAAUUAUCGUGCACCAGUAGCGUUGACUAGGUUAAAGGUGAACUCAGAACAAAUGUUUUAAAAAUGCACAAUUGUUCAGGGUAUUUCAUAAUCGUGAAAAUGAAUGACUGUAAAAUCAAGACCCGCUUUCUUACUUCCUCAACCAUUAACAGCACAUUCGUUUUUGCAACAUGGGAGUUUAGUGUUGCACCGAUACCAUUUUUUGGCCUCGAUACCGAUACCUGGCUGUGCAGUAUCGGCUGAUACCAUACCAAUACCACUUUGUUUGUAAUUCAUAUAUACUAGUAUAUACAAAGUGAAUCCAGUAGAACUUUUUAUUGCAUAGCUGGUAUGGGUGACACUAGUUAAAUAAACCUUUGGCUCUCAAAGGCCAAAAUAGUGCUAAAUUUGUGAAAUUAAAACAUGUCUAAUACUAGCCCAACAGUAAGAAAGUAAAAAUACAAUAAAUUAAUAAAUGUUUUAAAACCCUGAGUUUUGGCUCUCAAAGGCCAAACUUUUAUGACAAUUUAAGUAAUAAAAAUUGACCACAGCAUCUCUCUAUUAGCCUCCUUGUCUGUGCACCAGUAGCAACAAACACUUAGCCGCUUAGCUUACUUCUAAAGCACUUUUGAAUAGGCUUGCCACCCAUCCUUUGAAAUAGGGAAUCGUUCCGAAUUGCGAAUUAAAAGUUGUGUUC